AUGGCGGACAACGAAGAGAACAAUGUACCACAUCCAGAUCCGAGAGGUAGAGAGGUAGAGGACCCACCAAUUGGAAACGAUGGGAUUGAUGCCAAUCAUUUUGAGCUCAAGCCAGGAUUGCUAAAUAUGGCUGAGGCUAAUGCUUUUGCGGGGAAGGCCAAUGAAGAUCCCAACAAGCAUCUUACUAAGUUUAUUCAGAUCAGUAACACGGUGAAUCUUAAUGGGGUGAGAGAUGAACAAAUCAGACUAAGGCUAUUCCCAUUUUCCUUGAGAGAUGAUGCUAGAGACUGGUACGACAGCAUGGGGUCAGGAUCUGUUAAAACGUGGGAUGCCAUGGUAGACUUAUUUUUGGAGAAGUAUUUCCCACCCAGUGAAGUUCUAAAGAGGCAAGCAGAGAUAAUUCAGUUCCAGAUGAAGCCUCAUGAGACAAUCCGAGAAGCAUGGGCUAGAUUCAAGACACUGCUGAAAAGAUGCCCCAAACAUGGUCUAAGUCCGGGACACCAAGUCAUAACUUUUUAUAGGGGGUGUACUCCAGAUGCAAUGCGUGAACUGAAUUGGAGCGCAGGAGGAGCACUCCUUCAAUUAGGAGAGAAUGAUGCCAUGCAAGUGAUUGAGAGAGUAGCUUCCACUGAUGAAGGAUGGAAUAAUGAAAGAAACAAGUCAUACAGGGUGUCCUCUGCUACAGAAGAUGAUAGAAUAGAUAGAAUGCCAAAGCAGCUUGAUCUCUUGACCACACAAUUGGGAAUUAUGGAGAUGAGACAGUCAGGGCCAGAGAUCCAAGGAGGAGUUGAAGGUGUCAACUAUGUGCACCAAGGAGGGAAUAACAUGAACUUCAACAACUAUCGCCCCAACCAAGGGGGUGGUAACUAUAACCACUAUGGUAACAAGGUGCAUCCCAAUCUCUCCUAUGGGAAUCCAAACAAUGCUCUGCAACCACCGCCAGGAUUCACAGUGUCUAAUGGGUUGGUAGAACAGCAGAAAAAGCCUACUACUGAAGAUAUCUUGGCAGCAUUCAUGAAUCAGACUACCAAGUACAUGGAGAAAACUGACAAGUACAUGGAGAGCACUAGUCAAAGGUUGGGGAAGGUUGAAAACGACGUGCAAAGCUUGAAUGUGCAUAUGAAGAGCAUUGAUACUCAGAUUAGUCAAAUUUCUCAAGCUGUAGGUGUCCAACAUCAGCCAGGGCAAUUUCCAGCACAGACCAUAAACAAUCCCAAAGACUGCAAGGCCAUACACUUGAGAGGUGGUAAAAGCUAUGAAGGACCUUCCAUGCCUGUAGAGGAAAAGAAGAGUACUCCAGAGGAAGAUGUUAGAGCAGAAGAGAAUUCCAAGGGAAAGAAUAAGGUGGACAUUCAGACCAAGAAAGACGCAAUGCCAGAAAAGCUGCCCCCUCCCUCCAUUCCUACGACAGUUAGAGUGCCCUUCCCAUUUGCGGUGAAGAAGAAGAAGUUGGAUGAGCAAUUCUCCAAAUUUCUCGAUAUUUUUAGGAAGGUGCACAUUAAUAUACCAUUGGUGGAAGCUCUGCAAGAGAUGCCUACGUAUGCAAAGUUCCUAAAAGAUGUGCUCUCCAAGAAGAAGAAGUGGAUUGAUUAUGAGACGGUGAACAUAUCUGAAAAUUAUAGUGCGAUAAUUCAAAAGAAGCUACCUGCCAAGCUUAAAGAUCCUGGGAGUUUCAAUAUCUCAUGCGUCAUUGGAAAUGACAGACAGACAAAGAAAGAUAAGAUCGGCACUCUCAAGCCGACUACAAUCACACUGCAGAUGGCAGAUAGAUCAAUCACCUAUCCUAAAGGAAUUGUUGAGGAUGUUCUGGUGAAGGUACAUGAAUUCAUAUUUCCCGUCGAUUUUGUAGUGUUAGAUAUGGAGGAAGACAUGAAUGUGCCGCUUAUCCUAGGGCGCCCAUUCCUAGCAACGGGAAAAGCAUUGAUAGAUAUAGCAAAGGGAGAGCUCACUCUUCAUAUGGGCAACAAACGACACAUUUUGUCUAUCUAUAAUGCUAUGAAGACUCGUGAAGAUGAGGAACAUAUUAUGAAGAUGGAGUGCAAAGCGGUGCAUGUUGUAGAGGUCCAAAAGACACAAGCAAUUGAGUCCACAUUGGGGGAUUUUUCGUUGCUCACUCUUCAUAUUAGUUUUGGGUUUCAUUGA